CCCUCACUUCAAGACUGAGAGUCCAGCCUCUUUGCAACAGGAUUGAUGCCUCCGGUGGCUUUGUGUUGAGCGGGGCGCGACAGGACAGCAGGAUACCAGCUUUGUCCUAUGGGAAUCCUUCUCACCAUAGGAGAGAAAUAACCAGGUUUCCUACACAGUAGGGAAAAGUAUGGAAUUUGAUUUGAGUCAUUUCCAGGUCUGGAUAAUUACGGAAGAAAGAAAAGAGAGGGCAGAAAGAUAUUAGUGUUUCCAGACCUACUCUGAUUUAAAAAGUCAGCAUCUUCUCCACGGGUGUAGCAGCCUUAACAACCAUGUCCAGGAGAAAGGUGAGGGGCCUGACCCGUACGGGCCGUCAGGUCAGCGAGGACCCAGAUUUGGACAACCUGCUGUCCACCCUCUCCCCCGAGGAGGUGAAGGAGCUGGAGAAUGACAUGAUGAAAGUGCCGGACCUCAAGCCGGAGGAUGAGAAGAUCAUCGACAAAGGGGAGAGCCAAGCUGUGCAGCCGCCUACGGGCAACAGUGUCCGAGACGUUAAACUGGACAGCAGACAGGAGAGUGACCGCAAAGGGAGGCUGAGCGAGAGGGAACAGUCAUUUGAGGGUGACACAAAGAAGGAGAGCCGGAAGCAGGAAUACCUGAGGAAGAUGGGCCUGAGCCAGGAGGGGAACGACGACGUGACAGUAGGGCUACAAAGACAAGCCAGUGUCUCAAGUGAAAGAGAUAUUAAGGCGGACGACAAAAACAGCAAAGGUCCCGAAGGUUUGAAAGAGGAGCGGAGUCGUCUUUCCAGUAGAUACAGGAAGCAGGAAAGCAGAGAGAGUGACGUGACAGAGGAGACCAAAGACAAAGAGAAACAAGAGGACAAUAAGAUAAGAGACAGAAGAGAAAGCAGAGAGAGCACAGGUAACAAAACAAAAGAUAUGAUCUCUAAGUUACAGGACAAAAAGGAUGAAAGCAAAGACAGGAAAGAAGACAGGAGAAAAGAUGAGAGCAAAACCAAAGACCUUAUCUCGAAGCUACGAGAAAAACACGAGAAGGAAGUGGGCAAGGAGAAGGAGAGAAGAUCUGAGAGUUUCAGGACUCAAGGACUUGUCUCUAAAAUGUUGGAGAAGCAGAGCAAAGCACAAGAAAGCCCGAGCCCGGAGAGUAAAUCAGAAGAGAAGACGCCUAAAGCGGAGGAGAAGAAAGCUGAAGAUAAAAACAAGCCUGAAGUGAAACUUGAGCGACAGGCAUCAGAGAGAGGUGAGGUGCAGGUGAAACACGACAAGGCGGAGAAAAGGACAGAUAGAGAAGAGCUGGUUAACCAUAGUGACCACGUGAAAGAGAAGGAGAAGAAGGUUAGCACGGAGAAGACGGUGGAGGAGAAAAAGGACAAAGAGGAGGGCAGGGGAAAAGUUCAAAAAGCUGAAGAAAGUGAGAAACUUGGCAACUGCGUGGUCAAAAACAGCCCCAACAGCAAGGCGAAAGAGGAAGAGGAGGAGGAGGAAGACUCGAGCAUGUUCGAUGAGCUGAUGGAGCAGGUUCGCAGCAACGACCCCUCCCUCAUUGAGCUCAACGUCAACAACUCAGAGGUCAUCAAGACCAAAACACUCAUCGAGUUUGCAGAGGCUUUGCACAAAAACACCCACGUUAAGAAGUUUGCUUUGGCUAACUGCCGUGCGGACGACCACGUGGCUUAUGCCAUCUCAGGCACGCUGCGCAGCAACAACUCCAUCACCAGCAUCAACGUGGACUCCAACCAUCUCACCGGCAAGGGCAUCCUGUCUCUGAUCCAGGCGCUGCCACACAACUCCACCUUGACUGAGCUCCGCUUUCAAAACCAGCGUCACAUCUGUGGCGGGAAGACCGAGAUGGAGAUGACCAAGAUCCUGAAAGAGAACACCACUCUGCUCAAACUGGGCUACCACUUUGAGUUAGCUGGACCCAGAAUGACUACGACAAACAUACUGAGUCGCAACAUGGACCGGCAGAGGCAGAAGCGCCUGCAGGAGCAGAAGCAGGCCCAGGCCAACGGGGAGAAGAAGGGGACGCUGGAGGUACCCAAGGUGGGGGGUGGAGGAUCUCUGAGAAGCUCGCCCAGAGCGUCGCCUAAACCUUCUCCAAUACCGUCCCCUAUGCCAUCGCCAAAGCUGACUCCUAAAAGAGGAGCUGGAGGUCUGGCUCCACCACCACCUCCGCCUCCUCCUGGGGGGGGACCGCCACCUCCUCCGCCUCCAAUGCUGGAUGUAGACGCCCUGAGGAACUCUCUGACCCCGGUGUCGCAGAGGAAGCUGGAUGCAAAAAGCCCGGGCGGUGGUAAGAACACAAGGGACCAACUGCUUGCCUCGAUCAGAGGAAACGAUAAGAAACAACUGAAGAAGGUGGCGGUGCCAAAGUGGUUGCAGUAAUAUUUCCUGUUGGAAGAGAACAGGUUUUCAAGAAGAUAAACUCUACACUCCCCGGAUGCAGUCGAAGAACUGCGCUGUGGGACAGAUGGAGAAAAGUGGAACACGAGACGUCCAUCGGUCGGGUGACGAGCCCUCACUAUGAGUUCUCCCCUCAAACACUGGACCAAAGGACUCUGUGGAGAAUGAGUGAUGCAGGGCUCUCUAUUAGCCAUAAGUUUUGCGGUUGUUUGUCUUCAGUACAUAUUGACGCUUUGCUGGUUAUUUGCACUAGAUAAUAUGAAGCCCAUCAUAUAACAUGUUGGCUUAUGUAUGUAUCUGAAUGUGAGCGUGGUGGGAGUGUGAUGAGCUUAUUAAUAAGAGAUACAAAUAACUCUUUAUAAAAUUCUAAUAUACAAAAACGUUUAUCGGUGGUAUAGUGGACAUUAAUUUGACCAUUUAUUUAUUUGUGGAGAGAGAAUCCACCUUAUACUUGUAAGUUGUAAAUCUGUUCAAACUGGGAAUUCUUAAAUGGCGGAAAUAUCAGGGAAUUAACAAACAUGGCGGCCUGACUUAAGAAAAUCUGAGUAGGAAAAAAAGAAAAGGGUCAAGGUGGUUUUUGAUUGUGUGUCUCAUUGCCAAAUCUCAAGACAUCUCAGGCAGGGUUUAAUGGAUUGGAAAGCAGCCCAGUGGAAUCCUGGUGCGUGACGAAAGAGUUUUAACAUGGAAAUAAUUACAUAAUGCAUUUUUAUCCUGAAGUGCAAAUGGCUGUCCUUCAGUAUCUGAUGUUGUAUGUUGUACAGAAUCAUUCUAUUCUGGGUGUUUGGAUACAUAACUUGUAAUGUUAUACAUCCGCAUGUCUUAACUUUAGGGGGAUUUGUAAAUCCAUUACUGGCUUACUUUUAAGUGAAUGUCAUUCUUAAAGAUAUUUAAUGUAUUAAAACAAAAAGUCAGAGGGGCACUCAUAUGUGCGCUGUGUAAUGUAAUGCUUCUCUGUCAUAGCUGAUUACACAUGCCUUUCCAACAGAGCCUGUAUGUCUUCAAUAAAAAUAUUCUGGUAAGUUUGCAAUGA